UACUACUAUCCCUGAAUGGAUGGGAUAUGUCUAAUAGCUGUAUACUACUUUCCCCCGGCUGUGUUAACGGUUGCUUUGUGUCUGCAGGCUUUGCUGAACAACUCCUACCUGUACCACCUGGCUCAUGGCAAGGACUUUGAAAGCAGAGGCAUCGAAAUUUCAGGCCUGACGUUGAACCUUGAGAAGAUGAUGGCUCAGAAGAGCGGCGCGGUCAAAGCGCUGACCGGCGGGAUCGCACAUCUAUUCAAACAGAACAAAGUGACCCACGUCAGCGGUUUCGGGAGGGUGACGGGUAAGAACCAGGUGACGGCCGUGGCGGCCGACGGCAGCGAGCAGGUCAUCAACACCAAGAACAUCCUCCUCGCCACCGGCUCCGAGGUCACGCCCUUCCCCGGCAUCACGAUCGAUGAGGACAGCAUCGUGUCGUCUACAGGAGCUCUGUCCCUGAAGAAGGUCCCCGAGGAGAUGAUUGUGAUCGGAGCCGGAGUCAUCGGGGUGGAGCUGGUCAGCACUUCCUUAUUCUGCUCCGGUGGUGUCAGUUUGUAGUCCAAUCAGAGCGUAGAACUUCCUUAUUCUGCUCCAGUGUUCCCAGUUUGUAGUCCAAUCA